GUAAGUUUUUUAAAAAACUUUGUUACUCUUAGUACUUGUUUGCCUCUGCGAAAAUUGGACGAUCAAGGAAGAUUGGUAAUCAUCAUUCGUCUUGCGCAUGACCCACACAUAAUUACAAUAGCAGAAGUAAUUAAGGUCUCAACUGUAAUCAUAGAUCUGAUUAGAGACAGCGUUGAAGCAUCCUUGUACGGUUUAGUACUGAUUAUAGAUUUAGGCGGUGCAACUUUGCGUCAUGUCGCUCAAUUAACACCUUCCGUUCUAAUGAACGUGAUUCACGCGUGGCAGGGUUGCUACCCCAUGAGAAUACAAUUGCUCAACUAUAUCAACGUGCCGGGAUAUGCUAAAGUUAUAAUGAAGUUUACCACACUUUUUUUGAAUAAAGAGUUGAGGGAAAGAUUCUGUUUCUAUUCGCGCCAAACAACGCAUGAUUGUUUCAAAGAUAUGCCAGUUAAUAUUUUGCCGGUCGAAUAUGGCGGAACUGAUGAAUAUUGGAAGAAAGUGAUUGAAGAGAAUCGCGAAUGGCUUAUCGAUGAUGAAAAAUAUAGACCAGUUCUGAAUUAGUCAUCAAAAUUGAACAGAAUAAACUGAAAUAUUUAUAUACACAUUAAUA